CUUGAGGUCUUCCUCGAGGAAGCCGACAGCCUGCUCUGCAGAUCUAACUCGGCCUUCAAGGCUCAUGAUGCGACUCUGAGAAACAUCGGCGCAAUCGAGGAUGUCCUGGAAGAUGGCUGUUGUGGACCUCGUGAAUUGUUCAAGUUGCCGCAGCAGCGCAACGGUGGAAGCAACGGUGGAUACCCGUGGGUAUCGACGACUCUGCUCCUCGUCUUGCAUUAUCGGAGCAAAAACCUCGCUUUCCGAUACAAUGGAAGAGGCUGAUUCCACCAUUUCCCGUUGCAGCAUUCUCGCUCUGGUGAACAAGGGCCCCGCGUUUAGCUAGACUUUGUCGUCGAUCUUUAUCCAACGCAGCCACUCUUGAGCUAAAUCUUGCUUGCCUCUUCCUUUCUUCACCACCUCCACGUCCUCCUCUUCUUCUCUU